AUGUCGCAGUCCUCGACCUCGCUCUCGGCUGAGGCCGGUAAGGCUCUGGAGAGCCUGCAGGAACAUGGCUCCUCGCCUCUUGUCCUCCCGGGGCAUUACAUCAACCCCUCCAUUCAGGUGCAACGCAUCGAUGUGACGCGUGGCCCCGCCACCUUCCCGCCCCUUUUGGAAGAUCGAGAGCACUAUGUGAUUCGGACUGCCAAAGCCGGCUUCGGCGCGGAAGUCAAUCGAGAAAUUAUCAGGGCGGCUCGCAUGCCUGAGGUGGUGGUUCUCCAGACCAUUUUGGCCUGGGAUCCACAGCACCUCCGAGUGCUCAUGCCUCGUCACUACCCUGUUCCGGUCUCUGCACUGACCACUCGUCAUGUCUUUCGCCUCAUGCAAGAUAUGCGCAGGGCGAUCUCCCUGCUCCAUGACCAUGACAUCAUACAUGCUGAUGUUCGGCUAGCCAACAUCAUGCUCCGCACGGACCCUGCCAGCUUCGUCCUCAUCGAUUACGGCGGCAGCAAGGAGACCAUUUGGCCGGUCCGUUAUGGUUACACAGUAGCAGGCCGUGGAGGCACUCAACACCGCCCUCCAGCUGAAUGCAUGAACGAAUGGUCGACCCCCCCGCUGCGGGUCCCUUACUUAUGUGGCCGGAGCGACUUCCACCGCCUGGCCUGUACUAUCCGUGAAGAAAUUCUUGGCCAGAUGGAAAGUGAGGCGGGGCAACGCCCACCCGCUGAGGAAGGCAACGCCUCCAGACGCCGGAAACGCGACCAGCUUCGCCCACAACUACCUCGCGAGGCCGAGCAGGAAUUGGACAUGAUGCUUGACACCACUACGUGGAAGGUCAAGCCCAAUCCUCACAGCCUCUUCCCGCCUGGCUCGUGGCGAGACACGGCUGUCAACCCUACCAUCAUGCUGACGGCUCACCUGUGGACUACCGAGGGCAAGUCACGCACUUGCACUACCACCUUUCGCUCGCCUUUGGAGCGCAAGGGCAACUCCAAUGGGCAUUUUGUGGACGAGCCGGACCAGCCCUCCUAUGAGCCUGGCGUCUCUCUCGCAGCACAGAUCAACACUGGCUCGUGGGAACAGUCGGGCUAUCUUCCCAAGAUCUUUCUGGUCUGUGAGCUAAAGACUGAGGGACGUGGCACCCGAUCAGUGGCUCAGCAGGUCUAUCCCUGGCUGUCAUACCGAAACAGGGAUGGCAUGCUGGAGCUAGAGCCACCGCCAGGUCCACCUCGGAUGGACCCAUCCUCGGUGCAGUCCCAGAGCAACGCUCUCCCAUCAGGGGGCACCGCCCAAGAGCCACUUGUGCCAGGGCGAAUCACAUCGGACCCGACUCCGCCUUCAACGACGCCUCCUUCCCCUAUGCUAACGGGCGUUUGGGCUGAGCCACCUAUAGAAGCGCCUGAUGCGGAGGAGACCACCGCUGCCCCCGCGGCCUCGGGAGCUCCGGAUGAUACGAUGAUCUUCUUGCAGGCUCUGUCGCUCUACUUGGAGUACCAGGAGCCGGAACCGGGGCUUCCCUCGUCCAUCUUAGGAGCCCUUGCUCUGGCUGCGGGGGAUUCCCUCCAGUCUCGCGACUCCCUGCCAGCUCCGAUCCUGGUCAAUGAGGGCUUCUUGCACUUCCUGCGGGACAGGCUCGAUGAGCCUGUCAAGGUAGGCCUGGUUCCCUGCGGACGCAGUGUACCACAUUCCAAGCAGUCUGCUUAUGACUAUGUGGAACGGGCACGGCACGACUUCAACCUCAAGGACUACGAGUUCUUUUGGCAGAUCAUGGACCUGGACCAGCCUCCGGAUCUGGACCUGUAUGGCCAGGAUCCCACGCACUUUCAGCCGUCUGCUGAGCUGCCUGCCAUUGGGCGUAUCAUUGGCCGCGCUCUCUACUGUAUGACAGUACCGAAACCACAGCGAGCUGAAGGAGGCAACGCCCCCGAGACUCCGCAGGGCAACGCUCCCCAAACCCCAUCUACCUCACCUUUUGCGGGUGGCCUGGGACCAGGGGAUGCGCAGCAGGCGCCGCACACUCCUCCACCCUUUCUGCCAGUUCUUCUGUGCUGCUCCUGGAACGCGACUCAGGGCAUGAUACAUCAGGAGAUGUUGGCCACCCACGCGCUCAUUCGAGCCUCCACUCUUAGAGAGUUGCUGAUCGUGGCGGCCAGCCAAGCCAACUUCCCCAUUGAAAAGACGUACCGCCUCACGGAGCUUCACUCCUCCAUCGUGGCAGAGUGGCGAGACAAGCCACUCCUCUCCGACCUUGCCUCCCAAAUUUAUGGAUGGGAUGCUGAUACCUUGCGAGCCAGCGGCCCUCCUGAUUACUUCCUCACGGACCUGCUCAGUGACCCGGUCCUCCACCCAACGGCGCAAGGACGCAGCUUGGCCCCUGGCUGGCACCUCACACAGACCCUGGGCCCGAUCUAUCUGCUGCAGGAGGUCCAUGAGGAUCAGUUGCGGCGAAUGCAGGGCGGAUGGAAGUCUGAUCCGGCUUCCACCAAAGCCAACAACGAUGCCAUCCUUCGUGGACUCCCUACCGCACUCCACGCAGCGCAGGAGGCUGGCAACGCCACGACCCGGCGAGGCAACGCCUCCACAACUCCGGUCCCCACUGAGGCAACCAUUCAGGCACAUGUGCUUGAAGCUCUCGACACCAGCCUCCUCGAUCGGAUUGUGCAGCUCAUCGAAAAGUGGCCGCAGUUCUAUGGCGAACUCACCAAGCAGCAAGUCCAGGAGCUCAUCCCGCGCGGUCUUGGCAUAGCCAUUUCAGACAAUGGUGACACUUUGUGCUGUGUCUUCUGUGCGGGCAAAUCUGGCGGGCCCUGCAUGUUCCACACCUCUCAGGGCUUACUGCCGCACUUUCUGCGGACACGCGGCAGCGGCGCUACAUGGCAUCACGCGGGGGAAGAGGCCUAUGCCAGGGCUACCACUGGGCGCUCAGGUCAGGCCGCUGCGGCGGCCUCCUCCUCAGAUUCCGGCAAUCAACGGCCCAACGAGCCUGCCUCCCCGCCGCCAUACGUCGCACCGCGACCGGCCAUUCUUGAUGCACCGCAUCGUCAUGAAGCUCCUCCUCAAGAGCCAGAAAACACUCCUCCCACAAUGGAGGAACUCUGUGCCGAGAAGGACUUCUACGACUGGGUGGUGGCAGUAGCGGACCUUCAGUCACUGACGGCUCCUGAAGUCGUGGGUGUUCUUCAGCCCCAGGAGUUCACAGCGAUAUGGAAUGCCCGACUUCAGGUCUUGACCAAGCUGCCAACCGUGCUUGCAGGCCUUAGCAGGGUUUACCAAAAACCUGAAGCUGAUCGAAAAGACCUCAGCUGGCGCUCUGUGAUCUCGGGUCGACUUGUUGUCCACUCCUCUGGCCACUUAACGAUGGCCACGAAGGACCGUGCUGGUCAAGAGCACAUCCAUCCCAAGCUCACGACCUGGCUCGGGGGCCUUCAGGCUACCAUUAAAAAUGGGGUUCCCUACGCUCUCUUCGAGGGCAAGCGUGUGGCUACUCAGGAUGAGUUUCGCCUCUUUGCGACGACCCUGCAGACCAUCUACGAGGCAGCCACCAAGAAGGCGCACCAACCCUCCCACGUCAAUAUCAUCCAGGCCACGCGCGACAGUCAUCCAACCAUCAAGAUUACGCACGGCCAAGUCCUGGAUAGCAAGCUGAACGUGAUUCGCAAUGUUACUGGCCAGCAGCUUCGUGGUCGCCGCGAAAAGCAAGCUGAGCACCGAGAGAACAAGGAGUCCAGGAGGUCGGACCCGUAUGGCUCUCACGAGCCCCCGCCCGAACAACACUCCAGAUCCGCCGGCUCCCAAGACUGGCAAGACUGGCGGGACUGGGAAGAAAAUUCCUACAAUGCCAGGAACUCUGCCUACCACGGCUAUUACCGCUGA